AUGGAGUUAUAAGCUUCUAACACUUUAUAUCAACUCAUCUUUAAACUUGGAUUAGAAACUGGAGGUCUUUGAUGAAAAGAACAGAAUGGAGUGUUAAUUGUGAAGUUUUGACAUCGGAGAAAUAUUAUACCGCUUGGUCCAUAAUGGAGUCCACUGUGAGCAGUGAGAUCAUUCUCUUCAUUUACAUCAUUUUGUUCCUGAUCGGCUUCCCCUGCAAUCUCUUAGCUCUCUAUGCAUUUAGUGUCAAGAUCCACUCCAAGCCACUUCCAACAGACAUCCUGCUGCUCAACCUGACUGUCUCUGACCUGCUGUUUUUGAUCAUUCUGCCUCUCAAGAUGCACGAAGCAGCAUCUGGUAUGAAAUGGAAUUUAUCUUCUUUCAUGUGCUCAAUCACCUCCUUCACAUUUUUCUCCACAAUCUACACCAGCUCCUUGCUGCUGAUGGCAGUCAGCGUGGUUCGCUACAUAGGAGCAGCAUUUCCUAUCACCUAUCAUAAACUGCACAAACCUGUGUAUGCAGUUGCUAUUAGUGCUGUAAUUUGGCUGAUCUCAACAGCACACUGCAGUAUCGCUUUCAUCAUCCAGCAUCACCCAUCUCUGUCUAGCAAUAACUCCAGUGUGUGCUAUGAACACUUCACAACAAAGCAGCUGGAGAUCCUCCUCCCACUACGUCUGGAGUUUUUCUUUGUACUCUGCCUCAUACCUCUUCUUAUUUGUGUUUACUGCUACUUGCGCUGCAUCUUGAUUCUGUACAGCCGGUCCAGGAUAUCCCAGAUGCAGAAACAGAAGGCCAUUGGCAUGGCCUCGGGGACUCUUGCUGUGUUCCUCAUUUGUGUUCUGCCAUACAAUUUAUCUCAUUUAGUGGGUUACUUCCAGGGACAGAGCCCAGAGUGGAGGUACUACACCUUUCUGCUUAGCUGUUUCAACACUUGUAUUGAUCCCAUUAUCUUCUACUUUUCCUCCUCCAACUUCUACUUCUUCAGAGAAAAGAUUAUUUUUAGGAAGUGUAGGUGCACUAAUUCAAGGCUGCAAGCGCAGACCAACAGCUCUAGCUAA